AUGUCCACCGGCGGAGUCACUUCUUCCAUUCUCCCUGUCGCGACCAGCGCUGCCUCGACCGAGGCUACUUCUGCUACCAUUCCUGUGGGCACAGGCGCUUUCUCGACUACGCCUGUUAGCACCGGCUCUGUCUCGACUGGAGUCGCUUCUGCUUCUCAGUCUGUCGGCACCGGCAUCGGCUCCGUCUCGACUGGAGUCGCUACCGCUACUCGGCGCAUUGUCACACAGACCGUCACGACCACGGUCAUUGCUGCUCCGACCCCGACUGCUGGCACCAGCGGCUCUGGCUGUAGCGCGACUCUUCAUCGCAAGCACUGA